AUGAGCCGGCGUGCGAACUACGGUCGCGACGACGAUGAAGAAUUCCAUUCACAGUCAGAGGAAGAGGCCUUGGAAGACAACAGGGAGCACUUCCAUGAGGUGGAGGAAGAAGAAGUAGUGCUCUCCGAGGAAGGAGAGGACCUGUUCGAUGAGGAAACCGGGUUUGUGGUCGGCCAAGAUGAUAUCGAAAGGGAAGCUGAGGGAUUCGCCAAGCUUGGUAUCAACGUCGACGAGUACGAUGACUCGCUUAUUGAUGAAGAAGAGUACAUUGACGACCCAAGGGCACGCAGAGCUGCUGAAAGGCGCAUCAGAUAUGAGGAACAACAGCGUCAGAUUGAGAGUCGCGGUCAUCAACAGCUCUGGCGGCAGAUUCUCAAGCACGAUGAGGAGUCGGCGGAAGAUGGGAUAUUCGAACGCAUCGUUCAGCGUGUGGAAAGCAGACGCAAGCAGCUGCAAAAGGGCGAUUCUGACGCUCCGGAUUUCACUAUGCUCGAAGGAGCAAAGGCAGUGCUUCGCGCAGAUCCAUCAUCGAGCCACUUCGACGAGAAGUUCCAGCAGGCAGUCGACACGCUCUUCAGGUACUUCCUCUACCGGUUUAAGCUCAACGAAAAGGACACACGGUUCUAUUAUUUGGAUCGUAUUGACAAGAUGAUUCAGGACGAUGCCAACAUCAUCAAGGUAUCGGUGCCACACCUCAUGGCUUUCCACUGUGAGAAUAUGAUCCCGUGGCUGGAAUUCAAUCCUAUCGGCGUACUGCCAGUUCUCAAUGACUGCGUCAAUGUAGAAGCCCACCGAAAGAGAAAGAGGCUGUACAAAGGUCGUUAUUGCAAGGUUGCACUCAUAGACUGGCCAUUUUCCACACAGUUGUGCAACUUAAGAAGCCGAGAGCUUAACACGUUGGUCAAACUCAGCGGUAUCGUCGUGCGCCGAGGCCUCGUGUUGCCAAAGCUAAGGCUGCUAUACCUGAAGUGCAGCCUUUGUGACGGGGGUGUUGACAUGCCCAUAUACUUCAGCGACCAGCAAAAGCCAAUGUACCCCCAAAAGUGUGGCUACUGUGGCGGAGGCUCGUUCUCGGUGGACCGCAUCAACACGGUGUACGAUGACUACCAAAAGGUCACCAUACAAGAGCCCCCGCAAUCCGUCCAAGCUGGCAGAACGCCAAGGCAACGUUCGGUUAUUUUGUCGGGUGAUCUCGUGGACGCGUGCCGUCCCGGUGACCUCAUACAGGUGCUUGCCGUAUACAAGAGCAGGUACGACGUGGCGCUGAACAUUAAGCACAACUUCCCCGUUUUGAAGACGGAACUGGAGGCUGUGUCGGUAGAAGUUGAAACCAACCAAAGCAUACAAGAAGACCUUACAUCGGAAGACAUCCAACAUAUUAAGAAGCUCUCCAGGGACCCAUGCAUUCGUGAAAGGCUCAUUGCAUCUGUGGCGCCAGCCAUCUUCGGUCAGAAGGCUGCGAAGACUGCCAUAUGCUGUGCCCUGUUCGGAGGCGUCGGUAAGGGCAGGGGAGCCAGUAACUCGGAGGCCGAACCCACGCAGCAGGGUGAUGCCAAUGCCAACAAUUCAUCUCACCGCAUCAGGGGCGAUAUAAACGUCCUGCUUGUCGGUGACCCCGGUUUGGGGAAGUCGCAGUUCCUCACAUAUGUACACAAGACGGCGCCUAGGAGUGUGUUAACCACCGGCAAGGGUGCAUCCGCGGUGGGUCUGACAGCGGGGCUCAGGCGCGAUCCAGCCACGGGCGAGUGGUCGCUGGAAGGAGGGGCGUUGGUGCUGGCCGAUUUAGGUAUUUGCUGCAUCGACGAGUUCGACAAGAUGUCAAACAAGGAUCGAGUGUCCAUUCACGAAGCUAUGGAACAGCAGUCGAUUUCCAUUUCAAAAGCCGGUAUCGUCACUUCGCUAAAGGCCAGGUGUUCGGUUGUCGCCGCGGCUAACCCGAUAUUCGGACGCUACGAGCCAUCGCUUACCUUUAAAGAGAACGUUGAUUUUUCAGACCCGAUUCUCAGCAGAUUCGAUCUCAUUAUCGUUAUGAAGGACGUGCCAAACACGCAUGAAGAUUUGCUGCUGAGCGAAUACGUCAUCACAAACCACCAGCUGCUGCAUCCCAAGAUAGAGAACGUCGCAAACUACGAGCAGGUUGUGCAGAAUCUUAAAAACAAGAUCAGCACUUCUUCCGCAUGCCAACCGCUCAGUCAAAAGGAAUUUUCGAACUACCUCCGCUAUGCAAAAGCCAAUUGUGUACCAGUCAUCUCCCCGGAAUUCUACCGGGUGAUCGAGGGCAAGUUGGCCGGAUUCUACAGCUCUAUUCGGCAGAAGACGGCUUACGGUGGUGGAUACCCACUCACGCUUAGGCACAUCGAAUCGGUGAUCCGUAUUGCGGAGGCCAACGCAAAGAUGAGGCUAUCGAGCCACAUCAAUUCCGGCGAUGUGGACAUGGCCAUUGCUACACUGCUCGAGUCGUACAUCUCUUCUCAACGCCAUUCGAUUGCCUGCAAACUCGCGAGGGAAUACUCACGCUACCGCAUGAUCUUCGAGGGCGACGAUCACGUGCUCGUCCAAAUUCUGCGCAACACCAUACAGGCGCAAAUAGAGCGUAACCUGCGCCGGAGAGACGCCAUGAAACUGCAUAGGAGCGAAGCCGAGAUGGAAGUUGACGAGGCCGAAGUUAGCGCCACUGCCGAGGCCGCCGUCGACAUCCCACUAUUCAUUCAAAUCGCAAAGGGUUUCAAGUUCGACCCGGACCGCGUGACCCGGUGGCUGCAUUCUAGCUCAUUCAACGACUCCUUCAACAUCAUCGAGCGUGAAGGCAAGGAGAGCAUUGUGGUAAAAAACCUAUAG